GCCCUUACAACCUUUUCUCAAAAAAAAAAAACCUAGAAGAAUAGGAAGAGACAGGUGAAAGAACGUUUGAGAUGGGAAGCUUGGGAGAAGAAGAUUUCGAGAAGCUUGUGCUCGGUUAUAUCGAGUCUCCGAUGACCGUCUCUCAGCAUAUCAACACUUCUUCAAAGGCUCUUAUCACUCUUCAGGUCUCUACAUAUCUCUUUUCACCAAAUACAUUUUCUCUUCUCUUUUUUUCAAGAUAAAAAGGUUUUUUUUUUCAGGAAAUAUUUUUACAGGAGAUUCUUAGGGCAAAAGGAGUAGAAGAGAAGGAGAUGGAAGAGAAGAUAAGGUCGUAUAUCAAUAGAGGAAGGUUAUCAUAUGAAGGAGACGAUGAGAAGAGAGAUGUGAUGAACAAGAUUGUCUCUAAACUCAGAUCUGAGGGCUAUAAUGCUUCUCUCUCCAAAACCUCAUGGGACUCUUCUUUUGAUCAUCGUGAAGGGUGUAGAGUGUUUACGUGCUCGAGGAAGUACGAGUACAUAGACGCCAUGGUGAUCGGUGAUAGCGACCGUGAUGGCGUAAGCAAGCUGAAACGUGUGAUAAUUGAUCUUGACUUCAAAACUCAGUUUGAGCUAGCGAGACAGACAGAAGCUUACAAAGAUAUGACUGAGAUGCUUCCGACAGUGUUUGUGGCGACAGAAGGGAGACUGAGAAGAGUUGUUUCGUUGGUUUGUGGUGAGAUGAAAAAGUCCAUGAAGAAAGAAGGAAUGUCUAGGCCUCCAUGGAGGACUUCGAGAUACAUGCAGUCCAAGUGGCUACCAGAGAAUUGUCGAAGAGAUGCUGGUUGUAAGAAAGGGUCUUGGUCUUGGUCUGUGUUUGAUGAUGGUGGUGAAGGAAUAGGUGAAGCUAGGUCUUGGACAGUGAGUGGUCCGAAAACUAAGUGUUGUUUUCCUAUUUUCUGAGAGGGAUGCGCAGCGUUUUCUUUUUCUUUGUUUAUCAGUUUUUAAAACUUAAAACAUAAAAACAUCGGAGUUGUUUUUGUUUUUUGUUUCGUUUGAUUAUUCCUUUUUGGGGGUGUUCUUGAAAUUUUUGAAUUGCUAAAAAAAGGAUGUGGGGCUUGUUGUGUCAGGUUUUUCUCUGAUGCUAUAUGUUGCAUCUUCUACUUGUAUCAAUAGCCGAUGGAUUAUAUAAUAUGUGUUUUUGU